AUGAAUAUCGGGAACGUGAUUUCUUCGGCAGCAUCCCAGCAACAGAAGAAGGCCCUUCACUCAAUUUUAGCCUCUAAGCUCACCCACCUCCACAUCCCAGCCUCUUCUUCGUCAACUGAUCCUGCACCGGAUUUUGAUUUCUCCGACCUCUUCGUAACUUCCACCUCAUCGCCUUCCUCCUCUUCGUCUUCACUUUUUCUAGGGGACCCACAAGUCAUACACCAUCGGUCCCACUCCUUCGUGGGCCCCUCGCCUCGUUACACCCUCUCCAAGUCCAUCCCCCCUUUUUCUAACCAAGAACAAGAAGAAUUCUGCUAUUCUUCGUCUGAUGACAAUAAUGGGAAUGCCCAAGUGAAAAAAACUGAAAAUGAUGGUACCAAUGAUUUGCACAGUGAUGAUGGGAUGGAUAAGGAAGGUGGUGAAAAGGAGGUGACCAGAAAAUUGGGCCCCGCGGAUUUCGAGAUUAUGAGGGUGAUUGGGAAGGGUGCAUUUGGAAAGGUGUUUCAGGUGAGGAAAAAGGGUACCGGUGGAACCGAUGGAGAUGGAAUUUUUGCGAUGAAAGUGAUGAGGAAGGACACUAUAAUCAAGAAUAAACACGUGGAUUAUAUGCGAGCUGAGAGGGAUAUUCUCACCAAAGUGGUGCAUCCGUUCAUUGUUCAACUCAGAUACUCCUUUCAGACCAAGUCUAAGCUGUAUUUAAUCCUUGAUUUCAUGAAUGGAGGACAUCUCUUCUAUCAUCUGUACAGACAAGGAAUUUUCAGUGAGGAUCAGGCAAGGGUUUAUACCGCUGAGAUAGUAUCUGCUGUUUCUCAUCUUCACAAGAACGGGAUUAUGCAUCGAGAUCUAAAACCCGAAAAUGUUCUCAUGGAUGCUGAUGGGCAUGUUAUGUUAACUGAUUUUGGACUGGCCAAGGAGAUUGAUGAAUCAAGUAGAUCAAAUUCAAUGUGUGGAACAACAGAGUACAUGGCUCCAGAAAUCUUGCUCGCUAAAGGCCACAAUAAAAAUGCAGAUUGGUGGAGUGUAGGGAUCCUUUUGUAUGAAAUGCUUAGUGGCAAGCCGCCAUUCACACAUCCAAACAGAAAGAAGCUUCAGGAAAAAAUCAUCAAUGAAAAAGUGAAGCUUCCCCCUCGACUGAGCAGUGAGGUUCAUUCUUUGCUUAAAGGAUUGCUACAUAAGGAUCCGUUGAAAAGGCUAGGAAGUGGGCCUAAGGGAGCAGACGAGAUCAAAUGUCAUAAGUGGUUUCGGACAGUAAACUGGAAAAAGAUAGAGACCCGAGAAUUACAGCCCAAGUUCAAGCCAGAUGUGAGUGGCAAAGAUUGCACGGCCAAUUUUGAUAAAUGUUGGACUGCAAUGCCUCUGGAUGACUCACCGGCUGCUACACCAACUGCAGGCGAGCAUUUUCAAGGGUAUACUUAUAUAGCACCUAAUCCAUGGCUUUCUUCUGAAUGA